GAUAACCUGAGCUGACCCUGCUGUGUUGUAUUUAAGAUAAUGCCUUUAGGACAGUCUGCCAACCUGUGAGCCCCACAGAAACACAUACUGGUAGGUGUGUUGAGAAGCCAGAGCUGGUAUUAAAUUAAAAAUACACAGGUUAUGACCUGCCAUGUGAGAAGGCACAAACCACCCACCCAGGGUAGGCAGGCAACUCUCUCAGCAUCCGAGGUCCCACUUGGGGGAAGUGAAAACCCCCCAGGGUUGUUUUGAUUGAAGGUGCAGUUUCAGUACACCCACACAAAGGAAGUCAUGUCACAAGAUUUGUUACUUACAGAUCCCAGAAACCCGGAGGUAGGGGGCUGCAAUGAGCUGGGGAGAAGGGCAGCCCUCCAUCCCCGGUCAAGAGUGAGCAGGAGAUAGAGAGCAAGGUAGCAAGCACCUGUUACUUAUAAAGAGGUUGGGGUGGAAGUCACUAACUCUUCUCAUCUCUAAGUGGUCACUUAAAAAGGUGCCCUGGGAAAAGCAAAGUGGGGACUUGGGGCAGGAAUCCUAAGCUUGGGUCUUUAUCUAAACGCGCGAGCUCUGAGUGUGAGCAGGGUUGCCAUGCUGUAAAAUGCCAAGGCAAUGAAAAUCUUCUCACCUUGGCAUCCCCAGGGCUGCACGCAGCCUGGAGCCAAUGGGAGCAGGCAUGUUAAAAAUGCUUGGUUGGUCUUGGUUCAUGGCCAGCAUGUGACUUCCUUGACUCAUGUGGGUGUGCUCCUGCGGACAGAUAUAUUGGGAAUGUCCUAGAUGACUUGGAGGUGCUCUGGCAGAGUUACUUUCCUUAAACUGUAGGGAAGUGGAGCCUGAGGACACAGGGAUGGAGAAGGGUAACAGGACUCUAACCACACUAUUCUCUGGCUGUUGCUUUCCAGUUGUGUGUGUGUGUGUACAUACACGCGGGUGUCCAGGUUGAUUGUGAUAUCAUAGAAGGUGGCUUCUAUAUCAUUUGUUUGCUUUCUGUCUAACCCAUACCAUCUCCUCUUCCCCUAGUUUAACACGGGAUGUUUUACCUAGUGCUUGGGACACAAGAUGCAUGAAUAGACCCUUGGUCUGACUUGGUGCUUUAGCAGCUGGACCCACCCCAGCACCCUGCUCUCCCUAGAAGACAUGCAUGCCCUGGCCUCUGCAUUGUCGCUGCCGGGCUUUGCUGGGAGAAGAGACCUGGGACCUGCAGGCCUCAGCCUUGUUUAGACCCCUCUGCCACCGGCUUCAGAGCCAGAGCGCCUCUGAGGCUGUUCUUGGCUCUACUGCUGUGCUCUGUUCCUGCCAGGAUGGGUUUCUGCUGCACCCUGUGGGGUUCCUCCUCCUGGGGCAUGAAGUGGGGGGAGGCUAGCUUCUCUACACCCUGUCCCUUCCUCCUCCCCACUUCCAAGCCCUUGUAGGAGCCCUUAUUCUUUGGCUCCAGGGACAAAAUAACUGGUUGCCCAAGAAGGUUCUAAAUAUAACCAGUGUAGCAAAGAAGCUCAGCUAGAGGGUAUGGAGAAGUUGUACUUGUGUAAACGACUAUUUAUUUCUGAUUAUUUUACCAGUAAUUGGACCUGCCCUCUCCCGGGCAUCCCCUUUGCCUCUGUUUUAGCAGCAAAUGUAACUGUUUCUAUUGAAGCUGUUCCCCUCCUCCCUUUCCACCUGCUGCUUCCUCGCCCACCCACUGUUUGAAAGGAGUCUUUACUCUUGUUCUUGUUCUUGGAUGAACCCCAACAGCUCACUGAGCAGAAAGAUGGGCCAGAGCAAAUCUUUGGGAGCCCUGGCUAGUGGAGUUGGAGCCCACUCCUUCGUGGCUCAUAGCCCCCAGAAACGGGCAUGACUGCACCUUGCCAUGCUCAGAAGUCCUCAGUCAGGCACUUUGGGGACUUUUAAACAGCAAAACACACUGUUUAUCCCAUCUCCAUAUGAGAAAACUGAAAUGGAUGCAUAAUUCUGACUCUUGUCGGGCUCCCUAGUGAGCAGAACUGGUUCCUCUGCCCCUGUCCCGGGCUACUACUAGCCUCUGUAGUGGGGACAGACUCCUGUUCUCGUUUUUUUAUUUUUAUUUUUCUCGUUUUGAAAUAAAGCAUGCUGCCAGGCACUCUGUGUGAGCUCGGUUAGAGUAGGCCAGUGAUGAUAAUUCAUGGAUAGGAUUGCUGGGCAUUGCCCAGAGGAAAUUUCCCCCUGCUCUACAGGGAAAUUCAGCCCUGCCUAACCCUGCCUAACCAAUUUGAGGCAAAUAGAAGAGUAUCCGGUUUUUCCCUAGAUUUCAAAGCUAUAUGGAUGAACCCCCAAACAUCUGAAUGACAUUUCUUAUCCUGAUGCUGUGGACGCCCGGCCCCUGAAGUAGGCUGGGGAGCCCACGCUGGUUGCAUACCAUCCCUGGAAUCUUUGCCUCUUGGCGUUGUGAACAAGGGCAGUAGGGAGGUCACUUCCACUCCCUGAGGAGUUUUUUUCUGCCACUUAUUCAUGGUGGGCGGAGGAAAGGGUGGUGGGCUAUUGAUGCUGGCCAUGGAAGGGGGUGAGUGAUUUGCUGGUGGAGGGUUUUCUGUAUCACAAAGCGGGAGGUUUGGUCAUCCGAUGAGUUUGGGGAACUGAAUAGAGAGGGCUGACGUGCUUUUCAAGAGAACAGGAGCGUGCUGGCUACAGAAACAGACUGGACUGUGGGGGGACUAGUAAUGUGCAGCUCACUGUCUGUGGAGGGUGCCAUGUCUUCAGUGCGGUGUCCACAGCAGUCUUACACUCCUCAGAUUUUGAGGGCACCAGGUGGAAAGAGCCUUUCUUUUGUUUGGAAUGGAGCAAUGUUCUGGGAUGGUGCCCGAGAUGCGUGGACUGAGCCCAGGCCGCAGGCUGCCCGAGCCCGCCCCCUGCCCCGCCGCAGGCGGGAGCCCUGAGCCCUGGGCCGCAGGCCGCCACCGCCACGUCCUGGCCCUGCCUGAGGAGGAGGCAUGGCGGCCCCAGCAGUGCUCCCUGCUCGAGACCGACGCCUCGGACGAGGUGGGCAUGCUGCCGGCCUCCCCGCGCGCCGCUGCCGCCGGCUUCGACAACUUCUUCCCGGUGCAGGAGGGCGAGGGCCCGGGUUGGGAGGGCGGCGCGGCCCUGGAGGCUGGCUCCAGCCCUUUCCUCCCGGUGAGCCCCGAGGUGAUGAAGCGGCGGCGCGGGGGCCUCAUCGAGCAGAGAGACAUCAUCAAGGCCCACGAGGCGCACAAGAUGCAGAGCACCCCGCAGGCCCGACGCAAGGAGUGGGAGAUGGCUCGCUUCGGGGAGGCGGUGGUCGGCAGGCCAGGGUCGGGCGAUGGAGACUCGGACCAGAGCAGGAACCGGCAAGGAACCCCGGUGCCGGCCUCGGGGCCGGCGGCCGCCUACAAGCAGUCGAAAGCGCAGAGGGCGCGGACUAUGGCUUUGUAUAACCCCAUUCCCGUCCGGCAGAACUGUUUCACCGUCAACAGAUCCCUGUUCAUCUUCGGAGAAGAUAACAUUGUCAGGAAAUACGCCAAGAAGCUCAUCGAUUGGCCGCCAUUUGAGUACAUGAUUUUGGCCACCAUCAUUGCCAACUGCAUUGUCUUGGCCCUGGAACAGCAUCUUCCUGAGGAUGACAAGACCCCGAUGUCCCGCAGACUGGAGAAGACGGAACCGUACUUCAUUGGGGUAUUUUGCUUUGAAGCUGGUAUCAAAAUUGUGGCCCUGGGGUUCAUCUUCCAUAAGGGCUCGUACCUCCGCAAUGGCUGGAAUGUCAUGGACUUCAUCGUAGUCCUCAGUGGCAUCCUGGCCACGGCAGGAACCCACUUCAACACACACGUGGACCUGAGGACCCUCCGGGCUGUGCGCGUCCUGAGGCCCCUGAAGCUCGUGUCAGGGAUACCUAGCCUGCAGAUUGUGUUGAAGUCCAUCAUGAAGGCCAUGGUGCCUCUUCUGCAAAUUGGCCUUCUGCUCUUCUUUGCCAUCCUGAUGUUUGCUAUCAUUGGCUUGGAGUUCUACAGUGGGAAGUUGCACCGCGCGUGUUUCACGAACAAUUCAGGUAUUCUGGAAGGAUUUGACCCCCCUCACCCAUGUGGUGUGCAGGGCUGCCCAGCUGGUUAUGAAUGCCGGGACUGGAUUGGCCCCAAUGAUGGGAUCACCCAGUUUGAUAACAUCCUUUUUGCUGUGCUGACCGUCUUCCAAUGCAUCACCAUGGAAGGGUGGACCACCGUGCUGUACAAUACCAAUGAUGCCUUAGGAGCCACCUGGAACUGGCUGUACUUCAUCCCCCUCAUCAUCAUUGGAUCCUUCUUUGUUCUCAACCUAGUUCUGGGAGUGCUCUCCGGGGAAUUUGCCAAAGAGAGAGAGAGAGUGGAGAACCGGAGAGCGUUCAUGAAACUGCGGCGGCAGCAGCAGAUUGAGCGCGAGCUGAACGGGUACCGCGCCUGGAUAGACAAAGCAGAGGAAGUCAUGCUUGCUGAAGAAAAUAAAAAUGCUGGGACAUCAGCCUUAGAAGUGCUUCGAAGGGCAACCAUCAAAAGGAGCCGGACGGAGGCCAUGACUCGAGACUCCAGCGACGAACACUGUGUUGAUAUCUCCUCUGUGGGCACACCUCUCGCCCGAGCCAGCAUCAAAAGUGCAAAGGUGGAUGGGGCUUCCUAUUUCCGGCACAAAGAAAGGCUUCUGCGCAUCUCAAUCCGCCACAUGGUGAAAUCCCAGGUGUUUUAUUGGAUCGUGUUGAGCCUCGUGGCUCUCAACACCGCCUGUGUGGCCAUCGUCCAUCACAACCAGCCCCAGUGGCUCACCCAUCUCCUCUACUAUGCAGAAUUUCUGUUUCUGGGACUGUUCCUCUUGGAGAUGUCCCUGAAGAUGUAUGGCAUGGGGCCUCGACUUUAUUUUCACUCUUCAUUCAACUGUUUUGAUUUUGGGGUCACAGUGGGCAGUAUCUUUGAAGUGGUCUGGGCAAUCUUCAGACCUGGUACAUCUUUUGGAAUCAGUGUCUUGAGAGCUCUCCGGCUUCUAAGAAUAUUUAAAAUAACCAAGUAUUGGGCAUCUCUGCGAAAUCUGGUCGUCUCUUUGAUGAGUUCUAUGAAGUCUAUUAUCAGUUUGCUCUUCCUCCUCUUCCUCUUCAUCGUUGUCUUUGCUCUCCUCGGAAUGCAGCUGUUUGGAGGCAGGUUUAACUUUAAUGAUGGGACUCCUUCAGCAAACUUUGACACCUUCCCUGCAGCCAUCAUGACUGUAUUCCAGAUCCUAACAGGGGAGGACUGGAAUGAGGUGAUGUACAAUGGGAUCCGCUCCCAGGGUGGGGUGAGCUCAGGCAUGUGGUCAGCUAUCUAUUUCAUUGUGCUCACCUUGUUUGGAAACUACACACUGCUGAAUGUUUUCUUGGCCAUUGCUGUGGACAAUCUGGCCAAUGCCCAAGAGCUGACCAAGGAUGAGCAAGAAGAAGAGGAGGCUUUCAACCAGAAACAUGCAUUGCAGAAGGCCAAGGAGGUCAGCCCGAUGUCUGCGCCCAACAUGCCUUCUAUCGAAAGAGACAGAAGGAGAAGACACCACAUGUCGAUGUGGGAGCCACGCAGCAGCCACCUGAGGGAGCGGAGGCGCCGGCACCACAUGUCGGUGUGGGAGCAGCGCACCAGCCAGCUGAGAAGGCACAUGCAGAUGUCCAGCCAGGAGGCCCUCAAUAAAGAGGAGGCCCCACCAAUGAACCCCCUCAACCCCCUCAACCCGCUGAGCCCCCUCAACCCACUCAAUGCCCACCCCAGCCUCUACCGGAGACCCAGGCCCAUCGAGGGCCUGGGCCUGGGCCUGGAGAAGUGUGAGGAGGAACGCAUCAGCCGUGGGGGGUCCCUCAAGGGGGAUGGAGGGGACCUGUCGAGUGCCCUAGAUAACCAGAGGAGCCCCUUGUCCCUGGGCAAACGGGAGCCACCGUGGCUGACCAGGCCCUGUCAUGGCAACUGUGAUCCAACCCAGCAGGAGGCUGGGGGAGGGGAGACUGUGGUGACCUUCGAGGACCGCGCCAGGCACAGGCAGAGCCAGCGGCGCAGCCGGCACCGUCGUGUCAGGACAGAAAGCAAGGAGCUCUCCUCCACCUCCCGGAGCAGGUCUGCCAGCCAGGAGCGGAGUCUGGAUGAGGGGGUGCCCACCGAGGGGGAAAAGGACCGCGAGCCCAGGGGCAGCCAUGCGGGCAAGGAGCCCACAAUCCAGGAAGAGAGAGGCCAAGACUUAAGGAGGACCAACAGCCUGAUGGUGCCCAGAGGCUCCGGGCUGGCAGGAGCCCUAGAUGAGGCCAACACGCCCCUGGUCCUGGCCCAGCCAGAGCUGGAAGUGGGGAAGGACACGGCACUGACGGAGCAGGAGGCGGAGGGCAGCAGUGAGCAGGCCCUGCUGGGCGACGUGCAGUUGGACAUGGGCAGGGCCAUCAGCCGGAGUGAGCCUGACCUCUCCUGCACCACGGCCAACACAGACAAGGCCACCACCGACAGCACCAGCGUCACCGUCGCCAUCCCCGACGUGGGCCCCUUGGUGGACUCAACUGUGGUUCACAUUAGCAACAAGACUGAUGGAGAAGCCAGUCCCUUGAAGGAGGCAGAGAUCAAAGAGGAGGAGGAGGAAGUGGAGAAGAAGCAGCAGAAAAAGGAGAAGCGUGAGACGGGCAAAGCCAUGGUGCCCCACAGCUCCAUGUUCAUCUUCAGCACCACCAACCCGAUCCGCAGGGCCUGCCACUACAUCGUGAGCCUGCGCUACUUUGAGAUGUGCAUUCUCCUGGUGAUCGCGGCCAGCAGCAUCGCCCUGGCAGCCGAGGACCCCGUCCUGACCAACUCGGAGCGCAACAAAGUCCUGAGGUAUUUUGACUAUGUUUUCACUGGCGUGUUCACCUUUGAGAUGGUUAUAAAGAUGAUAGACCAGGGCUUGAUCCUGCAGGACGGGUCCUACUUCCGAGACCUGUGGAACAUCCUGGACUUCGUGGUGGUUGUUGGCGCAUUGGUGGCCUUUGCUUUGGCGAACGCUUUGGGAACAAACAAGGGGCGAGACAUCAAGACCAUCAAAUCUCUGCGGGUCCUCCGAGUUCUGAGGCCACUGAAGACCAUCAAGCGCUUGCCUAAGCUCAAGGCUGUUUUCGACUGUGUGGUGACCUCCUUGAAGAAUGUCUUCAACAUCCUCAUUGUCUACAAGCUCUUCAUGUUCAUCUUUGCUGUCAUUGCGGUUCAGCUCUUCAAGGGAAAAUUCUUUUAUUGCACAGACAGUUCCAAAGACACAGAGAAGGAGUGCAUAGGCAACUAUGUAGAUCAUGAAAAAAACAAGAUGGAGGUGAAAGGCCGGGAAUGGAAGCGCCAUGAAUUCCACUACGACAACAUUAUCUGGGCCCUGCUGACCCUCUUCACCGUCUCCACAGGGGAAGGAUGGCCUCAAGUGUUACAGCACUCUGUCGAUGUGACAGAGGAAGACCGAGGACCAAGCCGCAGCAACCGCAUGGAGAUGUCCAUCUUUUACGUGGUCUACUUUGUGGUCUUCCCUUUCUUCUUUGUCAAUAUCUUUGUGGCUCUCAUCAUCAUCACCUUCCAGGAGCAAGGGGACAAGAUGAUGGAGGAGUGCAGCCUGGAGAAGAAUGAGAGAGCGUGCAUCGACUUCGCCAUCAGCGCCAAACCUCUCACCCGCUACAUGCCGCAGAACAGGCACACGUUCCAGUACCGGGUCUGGCACUUUGUGGUGUCCCCGUCCUUCGAGUAUACCAUCAUGGCCAUGAUCGCCUUGAACACCGUUGUGCUGAUGAUGAAGUACUAUUCUGCUCCCUGUACCUACGAACUGGCCCUGAAGUACCUGAAUAUCGCCUUCACCAUGGUGUUCUCCCUGGAGUGUGUCCUGAAGAUCAUCGCAUUUGGCUUCUUGAACUAUUUUCGAGACACCUGGAAUAUCUUUGACUUCAUCACCGUGAUUGGCAGUAUCACAGAAAUCAUUCUGACGGACAGCAAGCUGGUGAAUACCAGUGGCUUCAAUAUGAGCUUUCUGAAGCUUUUCCGAGCUGCCCGCCUCAUCAAGCUUCUACGGCAGGGCUACACCAUCCGAAUUUUACUUUGGACCUUUGUGCAGUCCUUUAAGGCCCUCCCCUACGUCUGCCUUUUGAUUGCCAUGCUUUUCUUCAUCUAUGCCAUCAUUGGGAUGCAGGUAUUUGGAAACAUAAAAUUAGAUGAGGAGAGUCACAUCAACCGGCACAACAACUUCCGGAGUUUCUUUGGGUCCCUCAUGUUACUCUUCAGGAGUGCCACAGGUGAGGCCUGGCAGGAGAUAAUGCUGUCGUGCCUCGGGGAGAAAGGCUGCGAACCCGACACCACCGCACCUUCAGGGCAGAACGAGAACGAGCGCUGUGGCACAGACCUGGCCUACGUUUACUUUGUCUCCUUCAUCUUCUUCUGCUCUUUCUUGAUGCUCAACCUGUUUGUGGCCGUCAUCAUGGACAACUUCGAGUACCUGACUCGGGACUCCUCCAUCUUAGGGCCUCACCACUUGGACGAGUUUGUCCGCGUCUGGGCGGAAUAUGACAGAGCUGCAUGCGGCAGGAUCCCGUAUAAGGAUAUGUACAAAUUAGUGCGGGUGAUCUCGCCGCCUCUGGGCCUGGGAGAGAACUGCCCCUACAGGGUGGCUUGCAAGAGGUUGGUCCUGAUGAAUAUGCCAGUAGCCGAGGACAUGACCGUCCACUUCACCUCUACACUUAUGGCUCUGAUCCGGACAGCUCUGGACAUCAAAAUUGCCAAAGGUGGUGCAGACAGGCAGCAGCUAGACUCGGAGCUGCAAAAGGAGACCCUGGCCAUUUGGCCCCACCUGUCCCAGAAGAUGCUAGAUCUGCUUGUGCCCAUGCCCAAAGCCUCUGACCUGACUGUGGGCAAAAUCUAUGCAGCAAUGAUGAUCAUGGACUACUAUAAACAGAGUAAGGUGAAGAAGCAGAGGCAGCAGCUGGAGGAACAGAAAAAUGCACCCAUGUUCCAGCGCAUGGAGCCCUCAUCUCUGCCUCAGGAGAUCAUUGCUAAUGCCAAAGCCCUGCCCUAUCUCCAGCAGGACCCUGUUUCAGGCCUGAGCGGCCAUAGUGGAUACCCUUCGAUGAGUCCGCUCUCCCCCCAGGAAAUAUUCCAGUUGGCUUGUAUGGACCCAGCCGAUGAUGGACAGUUCCAGGAACAACAGUCUCUGGAGCCAGAGGUUAGUGAAUUAAAAAGCGUGCAGUCCUCUAGCCAUGGCAUCUACCUUCCUUCGGACACCCAGGAGCAUACGGGAUCUGGGAGGGCAUCCUCUAUGCCACGCCUGACUGUGGAUCCCCAGGUGGUGACAGAUCCUAGCUCCAUGAGACGUUCAUUUUCCACGAUUCGGGAUAAGCGUUCAAAUUCCUCAUGGUUGGAGGAAUUCUCCAUGGAAAGAAGCAGUGAAAACACCUACAAGUCACGUCGCCGGAGUUACCACUCCUCGCUGAGACUGUCAGCUCAUCGCCUGAAUUCUGACUCAGGCCACAAGUCUGACACCCACCGCUCAGGGGGCAGAGAGCGGGGACGGUCGAAAGAGCGAAAGCAUCUUCUCUCUCCCGAUGUCUCCCGCUGCAACUCAGAGGAGCGAGGGACUCAGGCCGACUGGGAGUCCCCGGAGCGCCAGCAGUCCAGGUCUCCCAGUGAGGGCAGGUCGCAGACCCCCAACCGACAGGGCACAGGCUCCCUGAGUGAAAGCUCCAUCCCCUCCGUCUCUGACACCAGCACCCCAAGACGAAGUCGCCGGCAGCUCCCCCCUGUUCCACCAAAGCCUCGGCCCCUCCUUUCCUACAGCUCCCUGCUGCGCCACACCGGGAGCAUCUCUCCCCCGGCUGACGGAAGCGAGGGUGGCUCCCCGCUGACCUCCCAGGCGCUGGAGAGCACAGAGCCUGGCCUGGUGGAGGCUUCCAGCUCCCGGCAUGUCCCGCAGGGCCAGCACUCCUCCCCACAGCGCUACAUCUCCGAGCCCUACCUGGCCCUGCACGAAGACUCCCACGCCUCAGACUGUGGCGAGGAGGAGACGCUCACCUUCGAAGCUGCCAUGGCCACCAGCCUGGGCCGCUCCAACACCAUUGGCUCAGCGCCACCGCUGCGGCACAGCUGGCAGAUGCCCAACGGGCACUAUCGGCGGCGGCGGCGCGGGGGACCGGGGCCAGGUGUGAUGUGUGGGGCUGUCAGCGACCUCCUGAGUGACACGGAAGAAGACGACAAGUGCUAGAGGCUGCUCCCCCCUCCGAUGCAUGCUCUUCUCUCAGCCGGAGAAAACCAAGACUGAAUUGGGAAGCCAGUGCUGCCCGGGGGGGAGGAAGAGGGAGGAGGAAGAUGGAAGGACACCAUGCAUUAUCAGACCAGAGGAACGAAGAGACAAAAGGAAAACCAGUGGGACCCGCCAAAUUGCUUUAUUUCCCUUUUUGAGAUGGGCCCUGCCCACGUUCUGCCUCUUUGCCGGGGAAAGAAAAGAUGAGGAUGUGCAGGGGGGAUUCCCAGGGCAGGAGGGACACGAGGAUGGCUUUGCUUCCCCUUGCCCCUUCCCACUUUGCUGUAAGCUGUGGAGGGAUGGAGCUGGCCUGUGUUGAUGCCCAUUGCCCUGGAAAGCCUGGAAGACUCUGGCUCUUCACUGGGGAGUCCUGAAGACCCCAGCAGAGGGGUCUCCUCCCUCAGCAGCUCUUGCUCAGCCAGCACCACGGCCAGCGGCCAGCGGGGCAGGCACCCUGGCAUCUCUGCGUUCCCCUCUGGCUUGCUUCCCGCAGAGAAGCACAGGCGAAGUUCAGGAGCCUUGGGUGCCAAGGGGCGGAGGCCAGGAGGGAAAAGCUGAAGUGGAAGAAGGGGUCAGGGUGCUGUGGCAGCAGCAGCAAGGGCUGGUCUGGGUGAGCAAAGCCAUAGUCCAGCAGCCCAGACCGUGGGGAAUAGGCUCAGAGUGGAGGGAAGGCAGGGUGUUGAGAGGGACAGUCCUGUCUCUUUGAAGCCUGUCACCUACUUAGUAGGUGCUGUGUUAGGAGAGGCCAGGGAGGGCCCUCAGGCUCCACCGAGAUGCCUGAGGCUCCAGGAAGGGUAUAUUUUAGAAGCAUUUAACAAACCCUGUGGCCAGAGCACCAGUCGCUGUGAGCGUGAGUCUAGCGUUUCUGCUGGAGCCCCGUGCUCUGCCAGGCCUCAGCCCUGCAAAUGCUGGUCCUAAGGGAUCGCUGAGGGUGGGGUAAGUGCGGUGGGGAGCACUUAAGGCAGAGUCUGUUUUCCAACCAGUGUAGAAGAAUGUGGAACAGUCCUAUAGUUGUAUCAGCACAUAGGGCUGAAUGUCAACCUAGAUUGUAGUCCAGGAGGCAGUGGCCCUUUCUGCCAAGCAGCAAGGGCCCAAGCCACAGGUCCAGCCUUCCCUGCCACUCCCUGAGAAGGUAGCACACACAUACCCAAGGUGUGCCACACAUCACCUAGGAGAGACUUCUAGAGAGAGAGGAAAGGCAGGCAGAGGGAAAUGUGACACUUCACUUCCUUGAGAGAGUCAGUCUGAGUUUACUGAGGACCUCCUGGGAGCGGGGGGGACCCUUUGCAGCUAGUUUGUGGCGUAAGGGUCAGUUUGUCCCGAUACUUUGAAGGUGAUUAGUAAAUAAAUAUACCUCAGCUGAGACCUGGGCUGCUCCUCCUAGCAACGUAGGGCCUCAUCACACAAUGUAAUGGGACUGGGGUCCCCAUGGCCCUGAAUAUUUCCUGGGGCUGGGACGAGGCUUUUCUUCUCCCCAAAGCAAGAGCUGGGCAGAAGCCAGCCUCAGGCCACUGUGUCAUUCUUCACCCGUCAAACUCAGAAGCAAGGAAAAAGAGCCUUUCUUGGCUACUCAGUACUCGUCUUGUAUAGAUUGUCCAUUCAGGGAAGUGCAUCACUCUAUCUGGUGAAAAUGUCCCAUCCCCUCCACUUCCUCCCAGUCUCUUCCCAGUGGCUGGAAGGACCUGCUGGAGCAGAGUGCCAGGCAGGACUUCCCCUUGGCAGCCAUGAGCAGGGGGAGCUUGCCUCCCAGGCCCCUCCCCUGUCCUGAGAUCACCGUGGGUCAAUACUCUCUUUAUCCUCCUCCAGCCAAGACAGACUCCACCUCUUGGGGAGAAGUGAGUGGCUGUUAUUUUUCUUAGAAGGAGCCUCUUUUUACUUCUGAAGUGUUUUUGUUUUUGUUGAAAUAGAACUAAGGCAUAGUUGCAUCCACCCUGAGAAGCCAAAUACAACCAUGUGGCUACAGAAUCAUGGGUCAUGCCCCCCCCAUGAAUGGAGCUUCAUGACCCCCAGUCAGCCCACACAUCAAAGUAGCCCCAGGGCAGGAGACCACGGAGGCACAACAGAAACCUCCUCUCAGACCCUCUGUCCAUUUUCACUUCCCUCUCCCGCUCACCACUUGCGUGCUCAGGAGUAGUGGGCCAUGUGAACGUGACCAUGGACACCCUGAUCCGAACAGGCGUGCCCUUUACAUAAGACUCAGAUGCUGGGCCUUGUAUUAUUUUAAAGGUUUCCUCUGUCCAGUGUCAUUUCAUGCCAAAGUGCUGCAGUGGGCUGUUUUCUGUGCACAAAAUUGCUUUCUUCCCCCUCAGAAAUACAGCUUUCCCUGGGGACAGGCCUCCAACAGGACAGCCGCUCUGAGUCAGCAAGCCUGUCGCACUGUGGUGUGAGAACAGGAACUGAAGUGCUCUCUUAUGCCCUUUCAACAGGAGGAGGAAUUUAGCCUGGCAGAGCAAUUUCCAGAAAUGGAAUUUGCCUGUAAACCACAUUAUGAACACUAAAUUUACUGUCCCAGGAACCCUUCCGGGAUUCCUUAAACUCGUAUACACACAAACACCAGAGUCUCGAACAAAGCAGUGUCAAGCCUUGCAGAGGCGGUCCCCCAACCAACCACCGGGGUUUUUCUAGAACCAAUGAAUUUAGGAACUACCUUUUUCAGUUUCCCCUAAGAAAUUGGGUUUCUUAUCCCUUAGCCUGCAUUUACCAUUCUAGUAAGACCAGAAAAUAAAACACAGUUUUCUGUGAAGUCACGGAACUCAUUAUCAUCUUGUUUCCUUCCACCUCUUAAUAAAUGUGACCUUAACCCUUCCCUCUAAUAGCUGACCAGGGCAUCCCUUCCUACAUGUCCAAUUCUGCCUCUUCUGUCUCCCUUGAAAAGAGGGCCCUUGAGAUCUCAAAAUGUAUGCUUCUCUUUGGAUUAAAAAGUAUGGCAGCAUCUCAAGAAAUACCGAGCAAACUGGAAAUGGUUGGAGAUACGCAGUAGGAUUAAACUGAGUCCUACAGGUCCGCUCAAAAGAGCCUUUAGCUCUGUGUCCUCUUUCCCUUGCUAACGACAGUCUUCAGCAUCUCCUCAAAACAAAGAGGGAGGGUUGGGGGGAGAAGAGAAGAGGAGGAAAAGAAACCAAGGUAGAGAGAUGUUCUAACUAGAUCUGGGUUUAAAUACUCCUCUCUUCACUUCCAGACAGACUUCUGGUGGGGAAUUCACAGGUCUCCCUCUCUCAAUCCCCAUAAGGGCAGAAUGCCAGCAGGCUUUCAGACACAGGGGUGUCUAGGCCAAGAUGCUCUGUGAGCCAAGGUCAGGAUAGAAUUACCUACACUAUGAAGACAUGGUAGCUUUGAGCACCCCCCCACCACCAAGGGUCAACGUAAGCCAUGAACACAACUGCCCAAUGUGGGUCUGUCCACUCUUCCAGCUGAAGAAUCUAUUUCUAUUCUAGGCUUCACUUCUCCCCACUUGAGUCCCUAUAGUGUACUGAGAUCACUGAUAACAUUUCUCUGAAGCUGAAAUCCAGAUGUUCUGGAUUAGACCUCCUCUUGACUCUAGGACCACAAAAAGACAACCCCAUAUUCCUCCAUUCAGCAUCUUCUUUCUAUACACAUCCAUCUCUUCUCUGGCCUUUGUGAUGAGCCUCAGUGUCUCCUGCCUUCUGUUCUCCCAUCCCAGCUCUUGCUUUGUUGCAUGUUAUCAUUGACUUAACUCCUGAGAUGUUUUAAAUCCACUAAGUCCAAGCGUAUUUGCUGAUCUGCCUGCCUCUGCUGUUGGGCAAUGCGUCAUUCUCUUAAAAAUAGUUGAGAACUCACCAGGUAACAUUCACAAGGUGAUCUGAAACAGUAUAAGGUGCAGUACUAUUGGUGUGAGUGGGGUAUAUGAAAUGUCCACAUACUCGAUGAAAGCCCACUUCAGGGAAUUUAGGUCUCUCCUGGCAUAAUGGACCAAAAUUUAAUAAUUUUGGUUUUUUAAAGAAUGUUCUCAAUUUUCCAUUACAUCCUAUUUCUAAAGCCUGCUCUGGAUGUCUUGUUUUUGGAUGGAGUAUUUUUUUAGUGGGUUGAGCCAGGGAUAAGUUGAGAUUCUUUAAUUUCUCAGCCUAGCUAUAAUAAAUACUAUGAGGUCGUAAUAAGAAAAGGCAUAUGUAUACCAGGUGGGAAGCAGAUAGUCACCUAUUCUGCUGGGAUUUUUGUGAGACUUGAAGGUUAACGGAUUUCCACCAUAUUUUUAUCCAUUUCAUGUUUGUUAUGUUUUGAGACCCUCAAAGGCCUGGUGCCCCUGUGCACAAAGAAUCCUGAUAAGGAGAGGCAUUUCCAUGCCUUGCAGUAGCCUCUUCCUCACCAGAUUCUUCCAUCCUAUCCAUCCUUCCUUCCUGGAUUCCCAGGCACUGAACACUGUGCAUGAGCUCAGGUGAGGACUUCAUAAGGCAAGAAAAAAGAGAAAUGGGCCCCCCUGCACAUAGCCAAAGCAUGAUGGUUUAAUUCCAGACAAGAGCCCCAUGAGGAACCAGGUCUAUGUCUGUAUAAAGAGAUCUCCACAUUGAAACUCUUAUUUUAACAAAAGCCACACAGAAUUAGCUCAGGACUUAGGACCUAACCUUGGCAUGAUAUGAUCAGAAGGGAUGCCACGUUAAUGAGCGCUGCCUGUAUCUGCAGCUCUGACUUUCUGAGUUUUCUUUUUUCUUGGGUGAACUACCCUGUAUACUGUAGCCAUUUACCCUAACAGAGUCCCUGCUGAUGGCUUUGCUGGUUGCAUCCUGGGGCUCAGCUGAAGACUGCUGGGGUGAUCCAUCACUCAUCAUGUGCUGUCACUCAUUCAGUCAGAAGAACACAGACAUACCACAUGGAUGGGGGAGGCGGCACGAAAGAUUAGAAACAAAAAAAAACUGUCUUUGGUUUCUGAUGGCUGUCUUUUUCUUCCCUUAAGUCCUUUCUGCUUUGACACUCUGAGACUUAGGCAUCCCUGAGAAAUCACGCCAAGCCAAAGAUAACAGAUUUAUAGAUUGUCCCAACCUACACAAAGGGCCUGGAAAGCUUCUCUUAAUAAAACUCAAGCCAGUUGGUUGAGAAAUUUGAAUGAGACUCACAGCAGAGGCAAAUGGAUGGCUGGGGUACCUCCAAACUGCCCUUAUAUUUUUGUAGUCUUCUUCCUUCUGAUCUCUUCCAUCGUUCUAAAAAUGGGGGUGGGGGCGGCCCUAGUAGCAUCCUGACCUUCUAAAUGCAAAAAGAUUUUAUAAUCCAUGCUACUAUGUAAAUACAUGAUUGAAGUUUGAAUUCUUAUUUCUGGGGGUAUGAAUGAGUUGAGCAGGUCUGAUUUUUUUAAAAAAAUGGAAAGGGGAUCUCUCUAUUUUUAUUUGUGAUCUUUUUGUUUGGAUUUUUGCAACAGACCCAUUCUAAAAUAGUAAUGAAGGAUAAAUGCGUACUCUGCAGUGUUUCUGAAUCACUUCCUAAUUAAUUUCCAUCAAACUUAAUAUAUUUGAGCCAAAAAUCUGACGUUACACAGUACCAGUUCCAUUAUCUCUCUCUGGUGGUUUUUGGGUUUUGUUUUUGUCUUCUCCUUCUAAGUCAGCCUCUGUUUCUUGUUUCUAGGGACUUAAAAUAUAACCUAGAUUAACGUAAAACAGCCUGAAAACUUCAGUGAAAGCCAAGGAAAUAGAAUGGAUAUAGAUUUUUUUUUCCAGGAUAUCUUUAACCAAGAAAUACAAAGUUUAUGUCUUGAGAAGAUAAAAUUUUUAAGAGUGUGGUAAUCUGGUAACUGAAAAUUAUUGGGAGUCAAAAAUAAUUCUAUCCCAGCCUUCUGUACUCGUGCCUUCAGCAAGGUAUUGUAUCUUCGUGCUUUAUUUCCCUAUUAAGAAAACUGAAAUACUAAUGCUUGGCUAAUUCAUGGAUAUGUCAAUUGUUUGUAAGUCAAUCAAUGUCACAUCAUUUAACAUACUUAGUCUCCACAAAUCAACUUGGAAAAAUCUUCUCUCCUUACAUCCCACUAAGGACCUAUGAAAUUCUUGGCCAUUGCUAUAAGCAUUCCAUUUUUUGGAAGAACUUCAUGUUUAAUGGAACCUGAAUCCCAGAUUUGCUUUAAUUUCACCAACCAUUGUUCCGUUUUCCCUUCCUCUUCUUUUUAGCUCUCUAAUUAGAAAAAAAAAAAAAAAGAACAAGACUUUUUUUUUUCUCUUAAAUGCAGGAAAGAAGUUGAGUUUUCAUGAUCAGAGCUUCCUGGUAUCUUUUUUUUUUUGUGGACACGUAAGCCAGUCUGAGAUCAAGUAACCAUUCUCUCACGCUUAGGAUCCUCACGAAGAAUCUUUCUUCCAAUCCAGCAUUGAAACAGGAAUCUUUUUGUCUUUGUUCUGCCAGUUUGUCAGAGAAAAGGGAUUGCUCGCUCUAUUCUGGAACCAGAUCUAUAGAAUCUGUACCAGGCACUACUCACUUCCUCCUCAGUUCACUCAGAGGUGGGCCCCAAAACUGAAAGGGUACUAAAUCACAGCUGCCAAAUCCAAAUUUGACCUUCUCUGGUGACUCAAUUUUCUUUCCAGUAGUCUGAUUUCUUAUAGUGAUGGCCUGUACCACACAGGAACCCACUGCCCAAAGGAAGUCUAUUAGAAAUCUGUACAAGGGAUGAGCAGGAAAACACACUCCAAAAUUUCAAAGUGCCAUUAAACCAAUUUAAAAAAACAUAAGGGUAAUAUGAAAUGAGGGCUAAACAAUGUAAUCUAACUGCCAAUUAAAGUAUACAAGUAGUUCUGGUCUUAGCUACAUUUGAUAUGGAAUUAUAUCACAUUAAGCAGAUCCCAGCAGAUUUAGUAAAAACAUAGGCAUUCAAUUUUAACGGCUACCAAUGGGGGAUAUAUACUUAGCCUGCAGGCCAAACUUCAGUCGGUGUUUUUCUAUCCUGGUGUUUUGUGAACAAGCCAAAAUUUGUACAAAGCCACCCUAAGUGCUGCAAUUGCAGGGGAACCUCCCUCUUGGUGAUAGUAGAAAACAGUCCAACUCCACUCAAAUUGAGUCCAAAAUUUGGAACUCAUCCAGAAACACAAAUGGAGGAGAAAAAUCGAAUGCACCAAGUCUACUUGGCAUUUUUGUAGCUGGGGCAAUGUGGGCAGAGGCUAAGAAGAUAAGCUAUAGAACAAAGACAGGAUUGAGGUGGAAAAUACCAGCUAGUCUCAGGAGCAGAAGGUGUGGGACUUGAGACAGUCUCUUACACUAGAUCACUGGGAUACUUGUUAGCAUGAUACUGGAUUCAGAGCAGUUCUUGCUAAGCUCACCAAGGGUAGUGGAUUUGAAGGCCUCAGAGGAUUAAUAGAGCCCUGAACAAAUUUUCCAGGCCUGGGAGAUGGAGAGAAAGGAGGUUCCUGCUUUAAAGCAGCCCAAAGACAAUCUCUGUGACUUUAGCAACUCUUCGAUACAGUAGUGCCAAUAGUGGAGAGAUUUCACUCAUCUUUCUGGUGGUACAAGUGCCACAGGAGGGGAGGGGGCGGUGAGUGGGACAGAGGAUGAGCUUUAUCAGGAAGAGAUUUCAAACUAUGAAGGGUGCACCGGUACUAGCCUCAAAGGAUAUCAUUGCAAAAAAGUAGACCAGCGGGUGUCCAGGCCAAGCCCUCUGUCCUUUGGGACCUCAGGUCAGGCCAUUCCCACCUUGAUUUGCUCUUGAAAGAGGAGCGUGUAAGAUGGGAUCAAGAGGGAAAUUGGGUGCUCUGCCUUAGGCUGUUACAACGCUGCCACCUGCAUUACAAAACACACGUGAGUCAAGAUGCUUGAGACACUUCCUUAUGGGCAGCAUCCACUGUGGUGUGCCGGCCUGACACCCCUUCAGGAAUGGUGUUUAAACGGCAGCCAGUGCUGGCCCGCCCAGAGUAUCGGUGCAUCUUUCCUAGAGUUCAGCACUGCAUGUUGGUCAGGUGGGUAUCCUGUAAUAUAAAUGCUCGUUUGGAUCCAAAAGGAAAAUUAUUAAAAAUAAAAGAAAGAUGAACAACUUUAAUGUUUUUUUUGGGGGAGGGGGUCCAAGAAAAGAAUAAAUAAAACCUUGUUGUAAAGAAUUAAUCAGCCUGAUUCCCCUCAGUCACUCUGUUUCUUUGGUCCCUAAAAAGGGAGGUCUUGGGAGUGAAGCCUCGCCAGGACUCUCGGGAUAAGUGGGCAGCAGGUCCUGGAGUGCAGUUGAUUGACAUCUGCUCAGCCCAGCUAGUUAGGGGGAAUUCCAGAGUUUCUCAAAGUUUCAAGGACACCCUGUCCCUAAAAGAUUUUUCUUUUGUUAAAAGUAUUAUCUUGGAGGAAACAAUAACAAAAAUAAGCCCCAAACAGCUUCCCUGAACAAGUUAUUUCCUUUU